CACGCUUGUCAACUGAAGUGUCGUGGUCGUCGCGCUCCACGUUCAGUUUGUUUUCUGUACCUACUUACGUAGAUUUCACCACUUCCGUCUCCCAAGUCAACAAACAUCCAAUCCUACCUAGUCACCUCAAUCUCCUCCCCGGACGAAGUCGCCAACACAACCAAGACUUCCACAAACUCGAAUCUUCACGCGACCGCCACAACUUGCUCUUGCUCUAGGCCGACGUCCACUCUCUGCAUCUGCAAGCCGUUCCCGCGUCACGGUCCCUCCUCCAUCUAUCUCACUGUCUCUCCCUCCCUCGACACAAGAUCAUAACAACAACAACACCACCACCACCACCACAACGAACCACACACAGAGCGCUCGCCCGCCAUGGCAGCCAAUCUCGACCACCUCGCACAACUGCUUCAGGCAACUCUUGACGCGCGACACCAUCGCAAAGCCGAGACCGCCUUGAAGGAAGAGGCAAAGAAGCCCAAAUACUCGUUAUCCCUCCUUAGCAUCGUGGCUAACGACGCUCAACCGAGCAACAUUCGCCUUGCCGCCGCCCUCGCUUUCAAGAACUUCAUCCGCCACAACUAUGUCGACGAGGAGGGCAACUACAAGCUACCCCCGGAUGAGGUCGCCACCAUCAAGCAGGAGCUCGUCGGUCUCAUGAUUUCCUCCCCCCCUACGAUACAGACCCAGCUCGGAGAAGCCAUCAGCAUCAUUGCCGAUUCCGAUUUCUGGGAGCGCUGGGAUACCUUGACCCAGGAUCUUGUCAGCCGCCUGUCCACCACUGACCCCAAGGUUACAAACGGUGUCUUAGAAGUAGCACACUCCAUCUUCGCCCGCUGGCGUCCGCUGUUUUCCUCAAACGCCCUCAACAUCGAAGUCAACCAUGUUGUCAAUACCUUUGGCGACUCCUUUAUCCAGAUGCUGGGCGUUGCCGACCAACAAAUUGAAGCAAACAAGACCAACGAGAAGGCACUGAAGGGCUGGCUUGAGACCAUGAGUCUCUUGACAAGAAUCUUCUUUGACCUUUCAUGCCAGGAUUUGCCCCCCAUCAUCGAGACGAACCUACAGCCCAUUACCAUGGUCCUUCACAAAUACCUGAGCUACGCAAACCCCCUGUUUGACGAUGAGGAGGACGAGGCGACACCGAUCGAGAUCCUCAAAUCGGAUAUUUGCGACGCCCUGCACCUCUUUGUCACAAAAUACGACGACGACUUCGGCGGCUACGUACAGGACUUCACAAGUAACGUGUGGAACGUCUUGUCGAGUGUUGGGCCCCAGAAGCGGUACGAUGUUCUUGUCAGCAAGGCGCUCCACUUCCUUACUGCUGUCGCCUCCGUCCACCGCCAUGCCCAAGUUUUUAACAACGAGGAGAUCCUGGGUACCAUUGUUGAGAAGGUUAUUCUUCCCAACGUGACACUCAGGGAGUCUGACAUUGAGCUUUUUGAAGACGAGCCUAUCGAGUUCAUCCGUCGUGAUCUUGAGGGUUCAGAUACCGAUUCGCGAAGGAAGGCGGCUACUGACUUCCUGAGAAAGCUCCUUGACGACUUUGAGGCCCUUGUGACACAGGUCGUGUCCAAGUACAUCAACCACUACUUGGAGAUGGGCAAGACCGACUGGAAGGCCAAGGACACUGCUGUCUACCUCUUCUUGGCCAUCGCCGCCAAGGGAGCUGUCACGGCGGCCCAGGGUGUCAAGACCGUCAACAGCUUUGUUAACGUUAUUGAUUUCUUCCAGCAGCACAUUGCGGCCGACUUGGUUGCCACCGGCGGCGAGCCCAUCCCCAAGGUCGACGCCAUCAAAUUUCUGUACAACUUCAGGAGUCAGCUUAGCAAGGAACAGUGGGGUGGCGCUAUCAACCCUCUCAUUCAGAACUUGGCUUCACCCAACUACGUCGUUUACACAUACGCGGCCACCACCUUGGAGAGAGUCCUCUUCCUCACCGAUGAUCAGGGACAGCAUAUCUUGUCACGGGCCGACAUUCAGCCGUACGCCAAGGACCUUCUACAGCAUCUGUUUGCCUUGGUUGAGAAGGACACUUCAGCCGCCAAGCUACAGGAGAACGAGUUCCUCAUGAGGUGCAUCAUGAGAGUUCUGAUCGUGAUCAAGGACGGUGUUUUGGAGUGCGACAUCGAUAACAUUCUGGAUCACCUCAUUAACAUCACCAAUGUUAUCAAGGAAAACCCCAGUAACCCUCGGUUCUACUACUUCCACUUCGAAGCUAUUGGUGCAAUUGUCAGGUAUUGCAGCAACGCCCCUCAAGUUGACCUGCUUUCCCGCCUAUGGGCGCCUUUCACCUACAUCCUCAAUGAGGAUGUUACAGAAUUCGUGCCCUAUGUGUUCCAGAUUUUCACUCAGCUUUUGGAUCUCAACAAAUCUGGCUCUAUUCCUGGAGAUUUCAAAGCGCUCAUCGAUGCUGUUCUCGCCCCCGGUCCCUGGGAGACUAGGGGUAACAUUCCUCCCCUUGCUAAGUUUAUCGCGGCUAUCAUCCCCAAGGCUACUGAGGAGAUUGUCAAAGAGAACAAGCUCGAGCCCAUUCUUUCCAUCUUCCAAAGUCUUCUGAAUGGAAAGAAGACGGAUCAGAAUGCUUUCGAUAUCCUCGAAUCUGUCAUUUGCUCGUUCCCUGCAUCGGUUCUGGAACCCUACUUCGGCACUAUCCUUACUCUUAUCUUCACAAAGUUGCAGAAGAACCCCUCGGACUCGUACAAGACUCGUGUUGCUAGCUUCUACCAUCUGGUCUCGGCUCGCUCUGGAGAGGCUGGGCUGGGAACUGACUAUUUCAUCAAGCAUGCCGAAACCAUCCAGUCCGGCGUCUUCACGCCGUUCUAUCUCCAAGUCGUGAUUCCCACCACUCGCGAGUUCGCUCGUCCUAGCGACCGUAAGCUUGCCGUCAUCUCCUACAGCAAGACACUGGUCGAGUCCAAGGCGUUUGCCGAGCGCUACAUGAAGGGCUGGGGCUUCACCUGCAACGCCCUCCUCGAGCUUCUCAAGAACCCGCCCAAGGUUUCCGCUGGUGCUGGUGACGAGAUCCUCAACGAGGCCGACGUGGAUGAUAUCGGGUUUGGUAUUGGAUUCACCCCGCUCAGCACCUGCAAGCGACCUCCGAGGGACGAGUUCCCUGAGAUCACCGAUGUCCAGCAAUGGGUUACAGGUUUCUUGAAGGCAUCGGACAAGGCACACAAUGGUUUGAUCACCAAGUAUGCCAGUGAGAGGCUGAACGAUGAGGCCAAGGCGGUCUUGGCUCACUAUCUGAUGUAG